AUGGAGACGGCGGGCCGAGGACCAGGAGGGCGGCAGUCGACGGGGGCGGAGGUCGGAUGGGCCUGGUCGUGGGCGUGCUGCGCCGUGGCGGCGUGCGUGGCGGCGGUGGGGCUGGCGGGCGCCGGCGUGCUGGUGUGGUGGGCGGUGGCGUUCCACCCGGCGCGGGAGCAGCUCUGGAUGGUGCCCGUCGGGCUCGUCCUCCUCGGCACGCCGCUCGUCGCCUGGCUCUCCCUCUUCGCCUCCGGCGCAUGCCGCCGCCUCGGAACCAGCCUCCUCUGCACGCCGAGCUGCACGGGGAGGAGCCAUGGCCGGAGCUCGCAGUCGCCGCGCGUGGCCGGGGCGGAGCUCGCCUGCGCCCGCCUGUGCGUGGCCAGGGCGGCCCGCACCCGCGCCCGCCUGUGCUUGGCCAGGGCGGCCCGCACCCGCGCCCUCCUGUGCGUGGCGGAGCUCGGCCGCGCCUGUCCGCCUGGGAGCCGCCCUACUCCGGGUUGCGGACGACGUCUCCGUUAA